GAUUUUUAGAAAAUGAUUUGUUUAGCAAUCUUCCUCCUGGCUUUUUCUAAUAUUACAAAUAAUGAAAAUUCUGAAAAUUUUAAUCAGGAGUAUUCUGAAGAUUCGGAAGAUGCCGAUCUUGCCUUAGAAAAUCCCGAUCUGUUCGGUGGCGAUAUUAUUGGAGAUUUCGAUGAUAUGAGGAAUGCAAUUCCAUAUAGAAGUCAUUUGUGGCCCGGAGGAAUCAUACCAUACGUAAUUGACGAAGAACUUCGAAAUUCUAAAAAAUCUAGACUGCUGAUAAGGAGAGCUAUGAAGACUUUCCGUGAGAAAACUUGUAUUCGAUUUAAACCGAAAACCAAAGAAAAAACUUACGUAGAAAUUUUAGAUGAUAAUCAAUGUUAUUCAAUGGUGGGUCGAAGUAAAGGAAUAAACUUCGUAUCACUGACUAAUGAAUGCAUGUAUUUGGGAGCAAUCAUUCAUCAAUUGAAUCACAUUGUUGGCUUUUACCACGAACAGAAUCGACCCGACAGAGAUGAAUACGUAGAAAUAGUUUGGGAGAAUAUAAAACCGAAGAUGGAAUCGCAGUUCGUUAUGCUUAGGCCAAAUCAAAUGAGAAUUUUAAAUGAAUUUGAUUAUCAUUCCAUAAUGCUCUAUGGAGGAAGAGCUUUCUCAAAGGAUAGGCACAGUCAAACUAUGGUAGCUUUAAAACCAGGUGCGAGGCUCCGUAGCAUCAAAGAAAAAGCAGGGUUGAGCAAAAGUGACGUUUUCCGUAUAAAUACUUUAUAUCACUGUUUCAAUUCUACUAGAAAUUAUAAAUGAAGGUCAAUUAUGCAAACAGUUAUAUUUUUUAAAAAAGGCAAUGUAUCUUUGUUUAUAUGUUAUAUCAUAUGAUUAC